GUUAAACAAGGGUAGAGAAUAGAGAAAUAUACCAUGUCUGACGAUAAAUCUCAAGUGAAAAUCAAGUUUUUCACCAAGGAAGAAGAUGAGUCAUUGCAAGUGUCGGAUACCCCAUUAUUUGUUCCAAUAUCAUUGAAAAGAUAUGGUUUGUCUGAAAUUGUUAAUCAUUUAUUAGGGAAAAAUGGUGAAAGCGAUGAAGCCAAGCCAAUACCCUUUGAUUUUUUGAUUGACGGGGUUUUGUUAAGAACUUCAAUCGAUGAUUAUUUAAUCAAAAAUGGUUUAUCAAGUGAAGCCUUUUUAAAUUUAGAAUACACUCGUGCAGUUUUACCACCUUCAUUUUUAGCAUCCUUCAAUAAUGAUGAUUGGAUUUCUUCAAUUAGUAGUAUUAAUCCAUAUUCAGCAGCAGUCACAACAUCAAAUAUGUCUAUAACAUCCCCUAAAAUACUUUCUGGUUCAUAUGAUGGGAUUGUAAGAACAUAUAAUAUGUCAGGAAAUGUUGAAAGACAAUUUGUUGGACAUUCUGGAUCGAUCAGAGCCGUUGAUUGGGUAUCACCAACUAGAGUUGUAUCUGCUGGUAAUGAUAGACAAGUUAGAUUAUGGAAAACACCAAAUGAUGAUAAUAUAACUGGUGAAGAUAAUGAAUCUGAUUCUGAAGAUGAAGAUGAACCAAAAGAAGGUAGAACAUUAGCAAUUUUGGAAGGACAUAAAGCACCCGUUGUUUCAUUAGCAGUUAAUCAAGCUACGCGUCGUAUUUUAUCAGCAGGUUAUGAUAAUUGUGUUGGAGUUUGGUCAACCACUUAUAAAGAUAUGACUCCAAUUGAACCAUUUCAAUAUGAUUCUAAUGUUAUUUCAUCAUCAUCAAAGAAAAGAAGAAAAAUGGCAGUUAAAGAUUCUAGUAUUAGACGUAGAUCACCAUUGGCAAUAUUAGAAGGACAUUCUCAACCAGUUGAACAAGCUAUAUUUGAUAUUAGAGAUGAUAGUGUUGGAUAUUCCGUAUCACAAGAUCAUACUAUUAAAACAUGGGAUUUAGUUACAUCAAGAUGUGUUGAUACUAGAACCACCGGAUAUUCUUUAUUGUGUGUAUUGCAAUUACCCCAAGUUAAUUUAUUAGCAUCAGGAUCAUCAGCACGUCAUAUAAAUUUACAUGAUCCAAGAAUUGAGGCCGGGAAAACUGAACAAACAUCAUCAAAAUUAGUUGGACAUACUAAUUUUGUUGUUGGAUUAAGUGCAUGUCCCGAUAAUCAUAAUAUGUUUGCAUCUGCAUCUCAUGACGGAACUGUUAAAGUAUGGGAUAUUAGAGCAGAAAAUUCAUUAUAUACCAUAACAAGAGAAAAUGCUACUAAAGGUCAAGAUAAGGUAUUUGAUGUUGAAUGGGAUGCAAAAAUUGGUAUCAUAAGUGGAGGUCAAGAUAAGAAAAUCCAAAUUAAUAAAGGUACUGAUAUUGCUAAAUAG